CUCCAGGACACUCAGCAAAACAAUAGAAAAAAAUAGAAGUAAAGAAGAUAAAGAACGCCAGCACCUCCCAUCCAGCCUGACCCAGCUUUAUUUAUGUGCAAUCCGCACAAAGGUGCUCCCUGUACUCCCAGCUGAGAUUGGAAGACUCCAGGACGCUUGGCAAAAAAAAAAAAAAAAAAAAAAAAAAAAUAGAAAUAUAAAUAAAAGGAAGAAAAGAAGAUAAAGAGCACCAGCACCUCCCACCCAGCCUGAUCCAGCUUCAUUCCCCAUCACCAGGGAGGAACACGCCCAGCCGAAAUAAAGUCUGUGCUCUCCGGGACGGCUCCAGCCGGGCGAGCCGGGGCUGGGCGGAGCAGGAUGGUUCCCAUCGCCCUGGAGGUGAGCUGCAGCUUUGCCGCCUGGCUGUGUCUCUACAGCUGCCUCUGCCGCUGGAACCGGCAGCGCUCCUGCAAGUGGAGCUGUCGCCUGGUGACCCUCCUGCACGGGCUCAUUGUCACCUGCCUCUCGGGCUAUGUCCUGUUCCUGGAUGGCCCCUGGCCCCUGACCCACGCAGGCUCACCAAACACCCCUCUCCAGAUCCACGUGCUCUCCCUGACCUUGGGCUACUUCAUCUUUGACCUGGGCUGGUGCCUGUACUUCCAGACCGAGGGGGACCUGAUGCUGCUCCACCACACGCUGAGCAUCUGCGGCAUGAUCCUGGUGCUGGGGCUGGGCAAAUCGGCCACGGAGGUGAACGCCGUGGUGUUUGUCAGCGAAAUCACCAACCCCCUGCUCCAGACCCGCUGGUUCCUGCGGGAGAUGGGCUCCUACCACACUGCCCUGGGCACGCUGGUGGAUUUCCUCUUCGUGCUGCUCUUCCUGGUGCUGCGCAUCGGGGCGGGAGCGUGGAUCGUGUACGGCAUGGUGACGUCCCCAGAACCCAACUGGCUGCUCAAGGCUGGGUGCCUGGCCAUGUACGUGGUGUCCUUGGGGUUCAUGGUUGAAAUCUGUCGCUUUGUGAGGAGGAAAUUGUGGAAAAAAGCCCCUUCAGUGGAUGCAUGAUCCCGUCAGGAGUAGCAGUGCGCCUGUGGAAACUGCUUGGCUGCUCGUUAAUGGGUUGUAGAGGAUGAUCCCCUGGCUGCUGGAGCUUGUUCCUGUGAGAAGAACUCCUAAAAUGACACAGAAGUGACUUUCUGCUGCCCCUGGAGGAGAUGGAUCAGUGCCAGGAACAUGGACAAGCUGAGGGAUUUGAGUGGGAACUGAGGAGCCUGGCACUGAUUCCCUGAGUUCUCCAGCAACGCCAGAGAUGGUCAACCUGCAACCAAUAAUUGCACAGUUUGUACGUUCUGUCCUCAUUUCCAAUGCAGAGUAGAAAAAAAUAGGAAAAAACUCCCAUUUUCCUGCCAGUGGCUGGGGGCCUGGCCAUGUACGUGGUGUCCUUGGGGUUCAUGGUGGAAAUCUGUCACUUUGUGAGGAGGAAAUUGUGGAAAAAAGCCCCUUCAGUGGAUGCAUGAUCCCGUCAGGAGUAGCAGUGCGCCUGUGGAAACUGCUUGGCUGCUCGUUAAUGGGUUGUAGAGGAUGGCUGGAGCUGGCUCCUGUGAAAAGAACUCCUAAAAUGACACAGAAGUGACUUUCUGCUGCCCCUGGAGGAGGUGGAUCAGUGCCAGGAACAUGGACAAGCUGAGAGAAAAGGGAUUUGAGUGGGGGCUGAGGAGCCUGGCACUGAUUCCCUGAGUUCUCCAGCAACGCCAGAGAUGGUCAACCUGCAACCAAUAAUUGCACAGUUUGUAUGUUCUGUCCUCAUUUCCAAUGCAGAGUAGAGAAAAAUAUGAAAAAAUCCCAAACAUUUUCCUGCCAGUGGGACUGGGUAAGGGGCAAAGACUUCCUGAGCCUCACCCUCCUUAAUAAUCCUGGAUUUGGACAAUGUGUAAAUACUCGAGUGAAAGACUCUGAACGAGACUGAAGUGCUUGCAGGGUGUAGUGGAGUUGUCCUUUGAGUGUGAAGUGAUGGCACUCAAGGUGAGGCAGUGUUUUACCUCCUUGUUUUUAAUGACGCAUUUCCUUUACUGCUUUUUUAACACUUCCAUUGGGUGCUGAUCUCAGAGCAGAGUGAUUUCUCUGGGACUGACUCAGGCCCUCACAAACAAAGGUCAGGAAUUAGAAUUAUGCCAAUAAACUCCAUGAGCAGGUGCUGGCCUGGGCUGGGAUUGCUUAAGAAGAAUAAUCAGGAUUUUUGUGGGAGAGGGAGGACAGUGAAGAUCCCCCCUGGAUGCUCUUUCUGUUCUGGGGCUGGCUCAUUUGCAAGCUGAAUUCAUGGCUAAUGAGUCAAAAAUGUGAUUAUUUCCAGGAAUGUUUAGGCACCAGCAGGUCUCAGAGCAUGUGACAGUUCUUUCAUUUUCUUUACCUCUCAGAAUCGUGUUCUCACCUUUUCCCUGGGGUUUUAAUGUGAAUUUCCCUCUGUUCAAGGCCACAGUUCAGAUUUAGCUCCUCCAAAAGCCUCGCUGAGAGCUGAGAAGCGAAAGCAGGGGUGAGGGAGGGGAGCAGUGGGGACGCGGCUCCUGCACUGCCUUUAUCUCUGAAUUUGGCUCUGUUCAGGGCAGAUAUCAGCCUCUGGCUGGGGCUCCUCAAGGUGCCUGGAGAGAUUAAAAAAUAACCUGAAAUAACCUCAACUUUGGGCACGUCCGCUGAAGGCAUUGCAGCUGUGAACCCGGGCGAGUUCCUGGGCCGAUGUUUUUUGGGACAGCAGGAGCCAGAGUGGCCUCCUGAGGUGUGGGCACCUGCCAGGCUCUCUGUGUUCCUUCCAAAACCUCCUCUGAGUCAUGGAACUUCUAAUAAAGUCAUGUUCUCCUUUGAAAA